AUGAUAGACUUCAAGACCAAAUAUCCUGUUAACUUGUGGAAGGAUCACGGGUUGUACACAGAUGAUUAUAUUAAACUAAUCAAUAGCCAUUGGUUAAAAUUCAUGCCUCCCAAUCCAAUGUCGCACUACGUUCUCGGACUUCUGUACACCAUCAUUAUGGUGUUUGGAUGCACCGGAAAUUCUCUGGUGAUUUUUAUGUACUUUAAAUGUAAAUCUUUGCAAACACCGGCGAACAUGUUGAUAAUUAACUUGGCUGUUAGCGAUUUUAUUAUGUUAGCAAAAGCCUCGAUAUUCAUCUACAACAGUUAUUACCUGGGACCUGCGCUAGGAAAAUUGGGAUGCCAGGUAUGUGGAUUUCUUGGUGGCUUGACCGGGACCGUGUCAAUUAUGACGUUGGCAGCCAUAUCCUUGGACCGGUAUUAUGUUAUAGUGUGCCCUCUGAAAGCAGCUGUGAAAACCACUAAACAAAGGGCCAGGAUAUGGAUAGGUCUGAUAUGGAUUUACGGAUUUUCGUUCUCCAUCGUACCGGUACUAGAUUUGGGGUACAGUCGGUACGUGUCGGAAGGAUACCUGACAAGUUGUAGCUUCGACUACCUAUCGGACGACGACCAAGACAAGAGGUUUAUCCUAGUAUUCUUUACGGCGGCGUGGUGCAUACCGUUCACAAUAAUACUGUACUGUUACGUGAACAUACUGAUGGCGGUGUGGAUGACCACCGAAAUAGUCACCAGCAGGGUUGGCCAACAAGAAGAGAAGAGGAAAACGGAUAUACGACUGGGGUACAUGGUGAUCGGGGCUCUGGCGCUGUGGUUUGUGUCGUGGACGCCAUACGCCGUGGUGGCACUGCUGGGUGUAUUCGACCUUAAGGAGUACAUCUCACCGUUAAGCUCGAUGAUCCCGGCUUUGUUUUGCAAAGCUGCUAGUUGCACGGACCCGUGGUUUUAUGCCAUCACGCACCCGAGAUUUAAAAAGGAACUGAUGAAGUUGCUGACGAAAAGUAAGAGCAGAAAGCUGGUCCGGAAUUAUGGCAUGAAGAAGGGAUGGGUUGGGUCGCAUUUGAACAAAAACGGUAGUGUUGGCUUCGAAAACCGUUUGAAAACCGAAUACAAGGAAGAAAAUACAACUAUCUUCACGCUUGAAUCCGAUGACAACAGCGUGCAUUGUCAGGGGUCCACUUCCGGUCACAGGACUGAAUCAACUAAGGAGCCGGAAACCAAGUUCACUGCAAGUGCCAGCCAAGAGACUCUCAAGUAUAUGCUACCAAGCUGA